AUGCCGAUCCCCGCAGGAAACGCCGAACAUCAGUUUCUGCACACACGGGAUCAGUUCAUAGCUGACAUACAGCUCGAGAUAGAUGCGAUUAUGAGUCGCAAUGGGAUUUCACCCUUCCGCCUGACGCUGGCUGUUGACAACCUCACCGACCUUAUUGACCAAGUAUGUGUCGUUGAACGGGCUAGUGUCACUAUGUACAGGGAGAUGCCACGAUGCCGUACCGUGCUUGAUAGACGUGGUUAUUACGGGCACAAUUCCGCAUUUCUAGCGAAGACUCACAAGCUUCGGCGCCAUUUGGUUGUGCUUAAGGAUAACCUCAUGUCUCUAUAUUCCGACCGGCAUUGGAUUUCCCGUCAGAUCGAGGCUGUGGACCGGUACUUGGACCUUUAG